AUGGUGGAACCGGAAGCGAAACAGGAAGCAACAACACAAUCGGUAUUUCCACUAAACGGUGUAAAGCAUUCUAUCAUAGUGCCACCAUCAUCAGCAGUUCCCGCUUUUCAUGGAAAGCACUCGGAAAGUCCAACACAAUUUUUGAUCCGAGUCCAAGAAUAUGCUGAAUCAGUACACGCGUGGGAUCGUCCCACAUUACUUAACGGUAUCUCACAAUUUUUCCGAGACUCAGCUUUAGAAUGGUAUUGUCAACUACGAAUGUCGCAUCGCCGACCGCAAACAUGGACUGAAUUUACGGACGUCUUUCUUGCACAAUUUAAUUCACCAGUUCGUAAAGCAAAACAAGAACAAGAAUGGCAUGAAUAAGAUAUAAAGAAAGAACAGCAAGCAGAUCCAAAACUAAUUCCAAUUAUUCAACAAUUAAAAACAAUAACUCCUACUCUAGUUAAUGAUAAAAGACAACCAUUUGUUCUGAUAAAUGAUAUAUUAUACAAGAUAAAGAAUUCAAAUCGACAUUAUAACCAACGUGCCUUAGGUAAUAAGCAUCUUGUGGUCAUCCCAAAAGCUAUGCAACACAAGUUAUUACAAUGGGCGCAUGAUCAUCCAACCGCAGGAGCUAUAAAUGCUGAUAGGCUGAAAGUUUACUUGGAGCCAUUGCCUGCUACACCAUUAGACAGUACAAAUGAUUCUGAUUCUCCACCUGACAGUGAAAGCAGAGCUGAGGCACAACCAGAUAUUGCAGAUGAUGCUGGUACGCAAACAGAUAAUGUAGUGCAACCUCCAUUACCGAAUAACAACAGCAAAUUUAACUCACAAGUAGAGAUUGCAAUGCGAAUUCCACUACCAGAUAGUGCAAGAGAGGAUGAUGAACAAUCAGAUAUUGCAAUCCCACAACCUACAAAUUUAGAAACGAAUAAUUUUUUCAUCAUUAUUGGGCAUUCAAUGGCUUCCAAACCAAGUACGAAAGUAAAAACAAGUACUAUUCCAAAAACGAACAGUUCAACUGAAAAUAAUGAACAAAUGGUACUAGUACGUGAAGAAACAUCUGACGUGUUGUUGAUUAUUGAAUACAAUAAAGUUUCAUCAAUUAAUAAAGUAUCAAAGUUAGUGCCCGGCAUAACAGUGACAUGUCAAAACAGUUCGAGAGAAAGAUGGCGAGGAACAAUAUUGGCUAUGGGAACUGAAGCCGACUGCUUAAAAGUCAUGAGCAUGAUCGAAAAAGAUUUACAAAGCACAAAUAAUGACACAGCUGAAUCAAAAACAAAAGAAAACCAGAAAUUACAAUCAACAAUAAGUAUUGAAUCUAAAUCUUCUGAAAAUGUUCAAUUUAGUGAAGAUCAUGAAGAUGAUAUUGAAUUAUCAUCGGCACUUCACAUUAUUGAAGAAGAAGAAAAGGAUAAGGAUGAUUCCUUAAUGGAAACAACAGAUACUUCAGCUGUAUCAACAAAUUCAAAUGAUAACAAACGAUCAGCUGAAGAAGAUACUAAUAUUUCUCAUAAGCGCAAAAAGUAUUCAAAUUAUGGUCUUACUGUUCCAUAUGCUACCAAUUCUGCUAAAGAGAAAGAAUGUCUUUAUCUUCAGGCUCAAGUGAACCGAUAUAAGCAAGAAUGGAUGCCACGACCAAAGGAUCCUAGGGUGAUACAAUAUUUAGUUGAAAUUGCAAAUAUAUUAACUGAUAAUCGUAAUGGUGAAGAAGAUUUGGGUGAUGCUUUAGAAAAAAUUAUGGCUGUUUUAAAUAUGAGUGAAGAAGAGUUGCAACAAUGCCAUGGUCGAAGAGCUACGGAAACAGCUCGACACAUAAUGAAAUUCAAGUACCCGAAUCCUUCAAGAGAUUUCAAAUUCAGUGAUAUUAGUGAUGUUGUAAAGAUGAUCAUUAAGUAUACUAGGAUAUCAAAUCCAAGUGAUUCCGUUCUUGAUGUUGAUAUACGACAUGCUAUGGGAAAUUAUGUAGCUGCUUAUUUAUUCAAAGCCAAACGGCAAAGUCUCCAGUGA